AUGUUUCAAUUGCGAAAGGUGCGGCACUUAUUUCCACUUUUGUACAGGUGGUCAAGCGGAGCAAGUGGGAACAAACGAAACAGUUUGAAUGCUAGUCUAAAUACUAGUCUACAGGGACAGUCUACACUCACAGCCAGAGUGCCGAAGAAAAAGUUCCAGGAUGUUUCUAACGACGUUCUACAGCGAAUGAACUCGAACUUUCGAUUACACAAUACCAUUACAGAGUCAUUGAAAACUCCCACUUUCACUAGACGCGUGGAGUCAGACAGAUCGUCCCCACCAGAGCUGCCGAGGGUGAAAUUUUCGUUUCAAAAGUACAGAAUUACUGCCCAGGAGAUGAAAAAACCAAUAGUGAUGCCGCCUGAGUCCACUACAAAUCCAGUGACCGAAAAAAACCCUCCUGCGCAAUGUUCCGCGGACAUUAAGGGUAUCAACGGAGUGCUGUAUCGUAUGGCUUCAGUCAGAAGAUUUUAUGGAUAUAAAGUCCUUGAAAGUGGCUGGUUUGGGAUGUCAUAUUAUCCUCCACACUCAUUUGUGGGAGCCCUUCGAAAAUCCAAGCCGGCACUCGUAUUUCAGUUUGAUACGAGCACCUACUUGAACUCGAAGCAGCUGAAAAGAGGCCUAACAAAUCUCCCGUUGAAACACCCAUUUCAGUUUGAAGUGCACCGAAAAAAGACUCGUCAGCUUUACAGAAAGCUGUUCUGGAAAGCAUUUUCGGAUCUCAAGGGAAUCGACGGCGUAUACUUCGUCAGACUGUCGAUAGCUCCCAAUCCUCGUGCAAUAAGUCAGGUGCGCGAAUCUCUCACCAAGGCUGUCCAAAUGACCCUAGACAAAACGUGGAGUUACAAAAUGAAUCGGCACUUCGAAAAAAAUGAUGUUAACCCAAAUUGGAAAGCAAUUAACAGAAGAGCAGUCGCAGCUGGAAUGCCCGCAUUGAAACCACCAUCUGCCCCAAAGUCUAGAAGCUCGCCCAAGCAGGGUAAGGCGCCUCAUAAGCGAUACCCAAGGAAUUAG